GCCUUUGUUCCGCCCCGCCGCUGGGCCGGGGGGAAGGAGGUGGCGGGUGGCGGGGGGCGGGCUUGCCGAGCGCGGAGCCGCCCGGGCAGGGGUAGCUGCAGCUCCGCGGCCCCUCGAGGCGGGUGGGCAGCGGAUAAGGCGUGUCCCAGGCGGGGAGCGCGUUGCGGGGUGAGCCCGGGGGACGCGUCAGUGCCCAGGCCUGGAAAGGGCAGUGGGGGGCUGCAUCCAGAAGAGGAACAAAGGUCUGAUCGCAGCCUCCACCUUUGCCCCCCCCCGUGAAUGGUUCCCCCAGUGUUGCCUGGGCAUGAACUGCGGCCCCUGCUCUCAAACUGUCCCUCUGGAGAGGGAGAGAGAAAAUAAGGAGGAGGGGGAUUUCCUACAUUGCCCCACUGAAAUACACAGAGCCGAAGGGCGGGAUCCCAUAAGAAGCAGGAGGAAGGCCUUUAGGAAACUGCUUUAAUGUUAAUCACAAGAGGGAGCUGCAUGAAUCUCGAAAGAGCGAGAUUUGCUAGUUGUGCACAGGUACAAAGCAAUAGCGCCAAUGAGUAGGGUUGGCUUUAUCUAGUUGAGUGCACCUGAAGGGGAAUCUCUGCAGAUACAUUUUGGGGAAAAGCUUGAAACAUUAAACUGUUGUUCCUUCCUCUGGUGGAGUUCAUCUUCCUCUCUGACUACUGCUAAACUCAUCGUGCCUGGGACGACUUUUAUCCCUGAUUCAUGCAGAUACUUUUGACUGUGAGAUCUGUGUUGAUUUGGGAUUUUCCACUUUGCUCCUCACCAGGAAGUUAACAACAGGGACAUCAUCUGGAGACCAGAGAAACUUACGUUACAAGUAGUAAUGCUGCCACUAUGGGAAAUGUUUCUUUACCUGCUUCUUUCAUUGGGCUUCCACUUUUAUUCCUUCUGUGAGGUAUACAGAGUCUCCAGAGAAUAUGAAGAGGAACUUGAAAGAGAAUUUGAACUGGAAAAAGAUACUCUGUUUUGGGGACUUAAAAAGGAUCCCACAGACUUUGAGUGGAGCUUCUGGAUGGAAUGGGGAAAGGAACGUAUAAUAUGGCUUCUCCUUGGCCAUCUAAUGGUAUCUCAGAUGUCAAGGCUCUUUAUGGAAAAGUACAAACCCUGGUGUCUAAUGACAUACGGGAUGGUGGCCUGCUGGUUUCUAUUAGGAAUCAAUGGCUUGGCAGUGAUUUUGCUACAUAUAGCCAUUUCAUUUUCCGUGGCUCAGUUUCAGACAGCAGUCCUGACAUGGCUGUGCUCACUACUUUUGUUAUCAACUUUGCGCGUACCAGCUGUGGAAGAAGCAAAGAGAGGGUGGUACGACACUGAAAAUGAGUACUACUUGCUGCUCUUCACCCUAACUGUUCACUGCCUCUACUACACUAGUUUCAGCCUUGAAUACUGCUGGCAUGGCUCUACCCAGAAGAGGUACUACUCAUUCUUUUGGAUGCUGGCCUACAUGUUCUACUAUCCUGUGUUCCACAAUGGACCCAUUAUGACCUUCAAUGAAUUUACUAAGCAGAUGAAGAGACCAGAAGCCUGCAGUUUGAAGAGUAACCUUUGCAUUUUACUGCUGGGCAUAGUUCGCAUUUUCUUUUGGUGGUGGUUGGCAGAGCUGAUGAUUCAUCUCAUGUAUAUCCAUGCCAUAUACAAUAGUUCUUCACAUCUGGAAGCAGUGUCCUACUGGACUUUAGGUGGCCUGGCAUUAGCUCAAGUACUGUUUUUUUAUGUGAAAUACCUGGUUCUCUUUGGUAUUCCUGCUCUUAUUAUUCGAAUGGAUGGACUCAAACCUCCAGCUUUACCUCGCUGUGUGAGCACAAUGCACAGCUUCACUGGAAUGUGGCGAAGUUUCGAUGUUGGACUGCAUCAUUUUCUUAUCAGGUACAUCUACAUCCCAAUGGGAGGAUCCCAUGGCAGUGUGUUUGGGAUGUUGUUUUCCACAGCAAUCACGUUUUCAUUUGUAAGCUAUUGGCACGGGGGCCAUAACUACCUUUGGUUCUGGGCAGCACUUAACUGGCUUGGAAUAAUUGCAGAAAAUGGAGUCAAGAGGCUACUUUCUGUUUCACUUGUUCGAGACUUAAUUACCUGAUAUCACAGAACCACGAUGGAAUGCUCCACCCAAACCUCAGCACCUUCCACCUGACAGUUUGGAAGCUCCAUGGUUAAAUCCCGAAGAGCUGGCCUGUUCGGAGCAAGCCCAUCAGGUUCUGCUAGGUAGCAGGAAGCUCUCUACCAGAGCUGCAUGCCUUGCCAAGUAGAAGCGUUUUUCCAUUUGGUCUUCCAAGUAAGGUCUCUUGCCCAUCCGGUCGUCACUGCAGACCAUUAUGGAGUAUUUGCUACAUCUGAACCCACAAGGUCUGGCAAUUUCAUCAGUUAAAGUAUACCUGGCAACAAUUUUGGCAUUUCACAGCCCGGUGGAUGAGUGAUCAGUAUUUUUUGCAUGAGAUGACCAUUUGUUUUCUCCAGGGCCUAGAAAGACUACACCCAUAGAUUCGGGAGCCCAUUCCCCUGUGGGACUUAAACCUGGUCAUGUCAAAACACAAAGGCCCCUAGUUUGAGCCACUGGCAACAUGUUCCCUGUCGUACUUUUCCUGGAAGGUGGUCUUUCUGAUGGCUAUCACUUCAGCCAGGAGCGUCUCAGAGAUUAGGGCCCUUAUGUCAGAACCUCCGUACACUGUCUUUUUUUAAGGACAAGGUACAGCUUUGUCCUCACCCUAUGUUCCUCCCAAAGGUGAUUUUGAAAUUUCACAGUAAUCAAGCUAUUUUCCUGCCAUUUUUUCCCCUGAACCUACAUGCAAGCAGGGAGGAGCAACAUCUCCACACACUGGGCAUUAGACACACCCUGGCUUUCUAUAUUGAGAGCACAAGACCAUUCCUUAGAUCCACGCAGCUCUUUGUGGCAGUAACAGACAGGAUGAAGGGCCUUUCUAUUUCAGCUCCGAGGAUUUCGUCCCAGAUCACAUUGUGCAUCAGCACAUGCUACAAACAGAUAGGGGUCCCGCCACCACCAGCGAUAGUGACGGCCCAUUUUUCGAGGAUGCAAGCUUCCUCAGGGGUGUUCCUGGCCCAGAUGCCAAUCCAGGACAUCUGCAAAGUGGCAACUUGGUUGUUGUUACAUACAUUUUCAUCCCCCAUGCCAUCACCUAGCAAGCUAAAGAUGACGCCCAGUUUGGUCAAGCUGUGUUGCAGUCAGCAUGUCCAUGAACUCUGAUCCCACCUCCUAUGGUACUGCUUGGGACUCACCUAAUGUGCAGUGGACAUGUGCAAGCACUCGAAGGAAAAACAGUUACUAACCUUGUUGUUCUUCUAGAUGUGUGUUGCACAUGUCCAUUCCACAACCCACCCUUCUAACCCUCUGUCGGAGUUGACUGGCAAGAAAGAACUGAGGGAGUUUGGGGUUGGCGGGACCCCUUAUACCAGCGCAUGAGCAAGUGGCAUCACAGGAUACCAGCCCUGACCCAAUGGAUAUCAUUGAAGGAAAAAUGUUUGGCAAUUGUGCACGCAGCGCAUGCACACCUAACGUGCAAUGGACGUGCAACACAUCUCAAAGAACAACAGUUUGGUUUUGUGCUGACUCGUAGCUGCAUCAGAACCCCUAUCUCAAACAUGUGCAUUAAAAGUACUUCCAGUGCAACUGAGAUGCAAAGUGAAAUUGAGAUGCACACCGGUGUAAAGAUUUUAUUUCAGUUGGAAGUCUGUUGAUGAUGCACAAACCAGACUAGAAUCCAGCUCAUUCUUCCAGAGAAAGGAAUAACUUGAAGUCUAGUUGAAGCUAGACGAAUUCAGACUGGAAGUAAGAUAUAAAAUUUUAACAGUGAUCGUAAAUUAAUCACUGGAAUAAUUUACCAAGUGUUUUGGUGGACUCUCCAUCACUGAUAAUUUUUAAAUCAAGAGUGGAUGUUUUUCUAAAAGAUCUGCUGUGGGAAUUACUUUGGGGAGGUUCUGUGGCCUGCGUGUUACACAGGAGGCCAGACUAGGUGAUCAUAGUGCUCUCUUCUGGCCUAGAAUUUUUUAAUCCCUUUGCUGUGUUGGCUCUCCAGGGGCAAAUAGAUGUAAAAGGUGAAAACUUAUUUUUGUGACACAAAUAAGCAGAUGUGAUUCUGAAUAAACACAGGGAGCAGAGUAGGUCUGAGUGACAUUUUUACGCAGUCAGUUUGCUGACCCUAACCCUGCAACAUAGUUAAGGUUGUGUUACAGAGUUCAGUUUUACAGGAGCAUUAAACUUUUAUUUUAUAAAAAUCAAGUUGUAAUUGCAUUAAAAAACUCAUGGAAUCUAAAGUCUGAGCACUAUUUGAAUGUGUGUGGUGGUUUGCUGAACAAUGAACUGAUACAGAGUUAAUACCAAGAGUUUAUAAAUCACCUCUUUUGGCAUUUUUUCAUGGGAUUGACUCACUUUUUCUUUGUACCUCUUUUGCGAGUAAUCUAAAGCAUUCUGAGACCCCCUCUUUGGCCCGUUGUUGCUCCUCAUGUGCUGAUUAGAUGUAGGCAUAAGGAGAAUCAGGCCCUAUAUUUCCUGUUUACACAAGUACAGUCUCACUGGAUUCAGAGUGAACUGGACAUAUUGAAAUUAAAAUGUGAUCCAAAACACGUUGUUUUCACAGCUCUGAAUGAAAUUUGAUGGUUUUGUUUGAGGUUUUACUCCGCCAUUUGGGCUUAAAUUAACCUGGAUGCAAUAUUUGAGGGGAGUGAAACUGCAUGAGCAGAAACCAUCUUGAAAGUUUGUUGAAACUGAUCUUAAUUAAAAAAAAAAAGUUUGAUCUGAAACGGGUCCGUUCUCUUUUAGUUCCUUAACAGUGCUGUGCUUUACGCAUCCAGCUGUAGAGUAGUCCCCCAACUGUACUGUUUGCUUUUUGUGAUUCACUGAGAAAUAUUGCUGUAUGAAGUUAUCAAAAAGCAUUUAUGGAAAAAUACAAAUACCCUGAAGGAAGCUACAGUGAAACUCAAUAAUAUUUUAAUCCAUUUAUCAAAGCAGUUGUAUUUCUCCAUUCAAAGCAGAUGAACCAGUAAUAAAUAUUGUGCAAAGAAAGCUGGUCAGUAUCCAGGGAAUUUUAUUAGAGUUAAAAAAAAAAAAGAGAGAGAGGCUUUUGGCAACUCUUUAUUCUUUUAUUCAAAGGAACACCAUUGCUUGGGACAUUUGAAACUAGACUGAAGAAAGUAAUAGAGUUUUGUAGCUCACAAUUCUAAAUUAGUUCCUGAUGCAUGGAGAAAGGUCCCAGUCCUGCUCCAUUUGAAGUCAAUGGCAGCAUUUCUGUUGAUAUGAAAAAAGCAGUAUCGGGCCAUUUUAAAAAGCAGAUUUCUAGGAUUCUGUGAUUUAGUCUGCUCUAUUUGAAGUAAGAAAAUAAACCAUACAUUUGCAUUUAUUUAAGGUAUAACAAGUUGACUCCCAUUAAAAGAUAAUAUUAACUAACUUAUUACUUGAUGAAAGUGGCAGAGUCCUGUGUCACCUUAUAGACUAACAGACAUAUUGGAGCAUA